CACAUGGGCACCUCAGCUCGCAGCCACCUGCAAGGUCCACCUCAGCCAUCAGUGCUCGCCAUCGGUGCUCACAGUGGAGUGCCCCGUGAAGGUACCUUAGGUACUUCGUAGGCCCGUACAGAUCUGCCUUCACCCGCCGACUGUCCAACUAUCCACCCAUUCCACCGACCUCCAGACAACGACGAUAGCUUCCCAGACUCGCGCGAAGCUGCCACGAGUAGCACCUUCAACCAGCAUUGGCUCCCGACCUAACGUCGACGCCCGGCUUUGCUCCUGACUACUGCGACGCGCCUCUCUUGCGUCCGCCAUGUGGCGGGAUCGCACUAAUCUCUACAUCUCCUACCGACAGUCGUAUGCGCAUCAUCCCAAACAGCGCAGCGGGUACGGAGGAGGCGGCGCAUCGGGCUCGGGGCCCUACUCAGAUGCCUACUCGAGCGGCAGCUAUGCGCAGGAGGACCGGCGCGGGCUGCUCUCAAGCGGCGCCUUCGAGGACGAUGGCGACGCUGUGAUCGAGAUGGACCUGCUGCCACCGCGCUGGGCCGACAUCUCGGACGAGAUCACCGAGCUUCUUGCGGACAUUGCGACAAAGGGCCAGAGGCUGGAGAAGCUGCACCAGAAACAUGUUCUACCGGGCUUCAACGACGACGAGGCCAAGAGGGCAGAGGAGUCUCAGAUCGAGAAGCUCACCCAGGAGAUCACAAAGGGCUUCCAUCAGUGCCAUCGCUGCAUCCAACGCGUCGAGCAGAUGGUGCGUGAGUCCAAACAGUCGGGCACUAUCACAAGAGCCGAGGAGACUAUGGCCAAGAACAUUCAAAUAUCCCUAGCGACAAGGGUACAGGAAGCAAGCGCCAACUUUCGCAAGAAGCAGAGCGCUUAUCUCAAAAAGCUUCGAGAUAUGGGAGGUCUCGGCACGUUCAGUCCUGCUGAGAGGUCAUCGACACCGCAGCCCGGAUCGUACCUAGACCCGUCACUACAGGAGUCGGACGCCGAUCGCUCGUUCUCCCAGUCCACGCUGCAGGCAGCUACGAAACAGAAGAUGCUCCAUUCUAAUGACGCCGCAAUCGCUCAACGAGAACGCGAAAUCGAGGACAUUGCGCAGGGCAUCAUCGAAUUGUCUGAUCUCUUCCGAGACCUGCAAACAAUGGUCAUCGACCAAGGAACCAUGCUGGAUAGGAUUGACUAUAACGUUGAACGAAUGAAUGAGGACGUCAAGGGAGCUGACAAGGAGCUGAAGGUUGCGUCAGGGUAUCAACGAAGAACGACCAAGAGGAAGAUCAUACUGCUUCUCAUUCUCAUCAUUGUCGGGCUUUUCAUCCUUCUUCUGAUCAAGCCCAAGAAGAAAGACUCUUGAGCGAGGCCGGGACUACUUGCGACAAUAGUGUCAUGUCGCGGUCCACGGGACCGCAGCUAUAGAGUGUACAUAUAUGGUGUCACGAAAUGUGACUUAGCCGCGGGAGCUCGGAGUCUUGGGUGUUUUGGGUAUACAAACAUCAUGUAUGAGUGUUUGCUUCUGCACUUUUCGUGUACAAGCCACAGAAACUAAGAUAUGUGGUGCCAUUAUCCUUCCUCUUCGUCCCGUUGCCUCUUGUCAAAUGCUUUGCCGAAUAAUAUGGGGUAUCGUUUCCACAGCCUAGGUUUCUGUCGCUCAAGCUCUCGUUCCAGGUCUGGCAAGCUAGGCAUGACCUCCUCGCCCCAAGCCUCGUCCACCAAUCGCUUCAAAUUCUCAAUUGACAGUUCAUUGACGUCUCUUGAA